AACAAUUUGAUCAAUAAUUGAACAAAUAAAGAUAACACACACAGUUUAAACACUUAUGCAAACAAUAUUGUUAUAUCAAAUUAAAAUAUUGAAAUUUUAUUUCAACGAACAAAAAUUAUAAUUUGCCAUCAUCAUCAUCAUCGGUCAAGAUGCCUUUACUCAAGCCGAACAUUAUGAGCGAUUUAUUGUCCACACCUGAACUAUCAAGAUUCGGUUUGGCCGAAGCCAAAAUAAAUAUUCCAACAACAUUGGCAUCAUCACAUUCAUCGAUCGAUACAAUGUCCAAUUGUGUAAAUGGUAAACAGAUAAAAAGUUUACCCGAACGUAUACCAGCAUUUGGUUUGCUUAUGGCAAUUUUAUCUGUGUUUUGUUUUUCAAUUGCUUCAGUUAUUGUUAGAAUAUUGAUUACAUUACCAACAUUGGAAAUUCUUGUCUGGAGAUCAUUAUGUCAAUUUGUCGUUUAUUUUAUAACGACCUUGGUUUAUGGAUAUAAUUUUUUCGGACAACCAGGACAUCGAUUAGAUUUAUUUUAUCGUUCAAUAUCUGGAACAAUAUCAUUAUCAGCAGUAUAUAUUGCUUAUCGUUUAAUACCAUUGUCCGAUGCCUCUACAAUACAUUUUGCUUCACCCGUAUUUGUAACUGUUUUUGCUUAUUUUCUAUUGAAAGAACCAUUAAGCAAGUUACAAAUUAUUACAGGAACAAUCACUCUUACUGGUGUAUUUAUUAUUGCUAAACCAGAAUUUAUUUUUGGUUCAGAAUCGGAUGUAAUACAUGAAAUGCGAUUAGAAGGAAUUAUAUUAUCAGUGAUUGCAUCAAUGACAGCUGCAUUUUCAAUGAUUGCUUUAAGAAAAUUAAAAACAACACCGGUUGCUGUUGUUGUAAUGUGGUAUUCAUUUACAUUGGUUAUAUGUGGUUCAACAUAUUUAACAAUUGCCAACAAAUGGAUAAUACCAAAUACUACACAGAUAUGGAGUCUACUUAUUGCUAUCGGUUUUUGUGGAAUUCUUGAUCAAUAUUGUAUUACAUUAGCAUUUCAAUAUGAAAAAGCUGGACCAAUUUCAGUUGUACGAACAUUCAAUAUUGUCCUUUCAUUCUUUUGGGAAGUAAUGCUUUUAAAUGAAGAUAUUGAAUGGACUUCUAUAUUGGGUGCUUGUCUUAUUUGUUCAUGUGUCAUUGUAUUGGCAUUGGUUAAAUGGUAUAAAGAAAGUCCAGAAAGUUUUGAUAAAAUUCGUCGAAAAAUUUGCUGUUUUUGUCCAGCUCCUGGACCAAAAUUAAAAUCCAAACAAAAACCACGAUUAUCAUCAUUGAAACGAAACAAAAAAGUUAAUAAAUCUAAAUCAUCAAAAGAUCGAAAUUCAGUCGAUUUUGAAACCGGUACAUUAAAUUCAACAAUGAAAACAAAUAAAAAGAUCAAUGGAUCAAAUGAAUCAAUCGAUUCGAUUACCGUACAGAAUACAGUCAAUUCGAAUGCAAUUCUAUUGAUUAAAUCUGAUGAUGAUGAUGAUGACGAUAAUGAAUAAGAAAAUCAAAUCUUAAAAGAUGAAAACGAUCCUUGAAAUUAGAAAUCUUCAA